ACUGAAAACUGUCUUCGCCUCGAGUAGAUUCGCUAGUAAAGCGGCGAGCGUUGGUAACAUCCCGGUGUCGAGACCAACACUGUACAUGGCUUACCUGCAUCCGGUGCGUCGCCGCUUCACCGAGGUUAGUGAUGCGGUCGCAACCGUCAUUUACUCCGCCGCUGUGUCAAUCACAAGCUCUGAGCUGUGCUCGCGAUGUACGUCAAUCAACAUUCCGUAAUCCAUGGACUGUUGUGUACAUAACACAACUUAACUUCAACUUUGACGCCCUUUCGCACCGACGGCUCGACGCUCGCCAAGGGGUACUGAGCUACAUCUUGGUCGCUACGAUGGCGGAGCUGCUGCUCCGCUGGCUCAACCAUGAGCUGGAGCUAUCGAUGCACGUGACAGAUGUGGAGUCCGACUUUGCCAGCGGCUACCUGCUAGGCGAGAUUCUGCACCGUCUCAACCACCAGCACAACUUCGCCGACUUCAUGCGCAGCUCCAGUGCUGACGCCAAAGUCGUCAACUUCUGUUUGCUGGAGCCUACACUACAUAAUCUCAACAUUAAGUUUGACGCCAAUGUGGCUGUGGCCAUCAUGAACGAGAAGAAGGAUGCCGCCGCCAAUCUACUCUACCAGAUCAAGAUGGCAGCAGCUCGAGUGGGCAGAGCUCCGGGCGUUUCGACCAAAUCGCUGGAGCGAACGGGAAUCAUUCCUCUGCACAACAGACCAAUGAAGCUCUCGAAGCCCAUCUAUGAUUCAGAGACGCACAAGCUCUUUGAGCACUCGAUUCGUCGCCAAGUGCGGUCAAUCAUUUCGUUGCAACAAGAAAAAGACCGGGUUGAGAAUGAGACGAAGAAGCGAGGUUCUUAUUUUGCGAGGAUGGCGGAACAGAGAGAGAUCCUGGAGGCUACGAAGGCGGAGAGACUGCAUCGCGCUUAUAUUCACAGCAGCUACAUUAAAGAAGCACUCGAAGAGACUGACUCGCCGGCAUGGAGACUAGCGCUGCAGAAAAAGAGUGCACGCGAGCAGCGGCGAGCUGCUUUUCUUCACCAACUGAUGAAAAAGCGCGAAGAGGCGGAGGAGAAUCUUACCUUCAGUCUCCGUCGGAAAGUGCGAAGUGAUCUCGACGACUUUGAUGCACAAGGUGGAUUGAAGGCUGGAAUUGGAGGUAGAAAGGUCUCUUCGAGGAAAUCGAUUGGAUAUGGUCUACGUUCACUCACCACAGCACUCAAUGCAUCGUCCGACAAGAAUAAGUAUUCAACCGCACAUUUGGCCGGAUCACCGAUGAACGAAGCAGAGCUUUACCAUGCAAACGUGCUAGAAAUGGAAAGCGCGUCGGGUGUGAUCAAGCAACAAAAAGUUCAACGUGAAAGGCGCAAGGGGGAUUUGUCUCGCAGGAGAAAGCGAUUUGUUCAAGAAUGCGUUUGUACUCACUCUCGAAUAGGAACCGCACGUGUAGCGAGUAUUUUGGAAGAUGUGGUGCUUCGAGACACAAACAGCGAGAAGGACAUACAAGAUGAACUGGAUCACAUUCUCGUCUACAAGGAAAUAGCUCGUGAAAACAGAUCAAUGCGAAAUCAAGAGUAUGCGAACCAACAGGAAUUGGACUCCAUAACAGUGAUUGAUCGAGACACUAGCUGUUAUCACAACUUACUCCUUCGAUUCGAGGAUGACAGCGAGAUGCAGACUUUGCAACGAAACGAUGCCCAAGUUUCCAUUGAAGCUGCAGAUGGCUUUCUUAGUAAGCUCAUUUCAAGCGCUAUUAUGAAGGAAAUGGUGGAUUUCGUGUUGUUUGUCGCUGGGAAACGGGAGGAAACGCUGCAUUCCAGAGACCCUGCUGUAUUCCUAAGUUUGGAGACAUGGAAUGAGUACAAAGUCAAGUUUGCGAACGGUUGCAAACUUGAAAAUACAGUUCCGUACGCUGCUUCUGCAGAGUCAAGUCAAACUGAGUUACUGGAUAGCCAAGAGCUGGAACAAUAUCUGUCGAGUUACCUGUCAUUUCACUCCACACUGGAUCGGCAGCGUCCCAUAGAGACAAGCAACGACGGAUAUCUUUUCCCCGGGGCCACGGAAAUUGUACAGGACUGCUUUGUUCUUGGGGAAGAAAUUAAGGCAUUGCGGUGGAUUUCUCGUUCUUUAGACGAGUUUGACGAAAUUAGUGCUGUGUCAAGCACUAACCGACCUGUACUGCUAUCACAUCAGCAACUCCGAAUUCUGAUCUUUGGCCCUCCUUUUGCCGGAAAGGAGACACAAGCAAAGCUUCUCGGUGAAACGCAUAAUCUGGUUGUGCUGUCUGUCCAUGAACUCAUUCAAACUGCUGUUCAAAACUUAAGUGAGAUUGGUCAGCAAGUGAAUGAUCUUCUUUCCAACGGGAAGGAAAUUCCCCCGGAGCUUUACAGCCGCCUAGUGAUCGACGUUAUCAGUGAGAUUGAAACUCAAGCGCUUACACAAGACAGUAAUAGUAAAGCUGGCUGGGUUGUCUACGAUCUGCCUGCAACAGCUCGACACGGCCAGAAUUUGGAGGAGCAUCUCACAGGAUAUAAAGACCCCGCAGAUAUUUCUUCUCCGUAUGAUUUUGAAUCUGCCAUUGCUCCAGGUCGCAGUAAGCCACCGUUAUCUCUGACAUUCCUGCAAGGUAAAUCUGGGAUUGAUCUGGUUUUCCAUUUGGACUGUCCAAUUGGCACGGUGUUAGACCGAUGCUUGGGUCGAGUUGAGGAUAUCGUAGCAGGAGACAAGCGUCAUUUAGUGUUUGAUCCACCACCGGAUGAUUCAACUGAACGGCAUCGACUGCAGCAUGUCAACCCAAGCGCGUUUUCAAGUGAGCUUUUAUCACUUCACUGUUGGGCGAGCGAUGGAUUCAUGCACGAUCACAAGACUUGGUACUCGAAAUUCAACACACUUCAUGAGCCUUCAGACGCUGAAAUGACAGCAGAUGAAGUACAUGAAGCUGUUUCGAGUGUUGUGGAUCAUUUACUGAAAGAGAGACAAGAUGAAGUAAACUCGAAGCAGCUCCAGCAUGAGGCAGAUGAGCAAAUUCAUAUGUCAACUGAGGACGAACGACAACGACGUCUGGACAUCUUUGAAUCAGAACUUGACGAGGCUAAGGUAGCUGUUAUCAAAACUGAGGCCUCCAUAGCUGAAGCGGAGGAAGCAAAGGCAAAGAAAGAGGAGAUGGCGGAACUUCGACAGAAGUUAGAGGAAGCUCAACGUCACCUCGAUGGUGUUUUGGCCGCUGUGAAGAGCUGGAUGCAAGAAGAGAUAUCGAGUCGUCCUGUACCAAACAGUAAAUACUCUGGAGAGUUGGUACCAGCAAUUGCCCAAGCGCUUGCGGCAUUGUGGGAUGAAAUGGAGGCGGAGUAUAUUACUACCAUGAAGACAAGUUUUGCGCGACUAAGAGAGCAGCGAAAUUGUGUGACCGAACGUGCACAGCUAAUAACGAGUGAAUUCUGCGAGUUCGUUCGCCGUCCCGACCGAAAGCAAGAAAUCGUUAAUGAAUUCCAACGGCUAUUUAACGAGGUGGUUGAUGAGAUGCGCUUUGAUAACCCCACAAAGGUAGAGCUUCACGCUCGUGCAGAUAUCCUUCAAGAUGAACUGGUAUCUCUCAUCGAGACUAAAACCGAAGAAAACGAUGAAGGGCUCAGUAGUAUGGUUGGUGACGGAUGGACUGAAGACACAUGCCAACAAGUCGCUGCGAUUUAUCAAAUGGCGCUCCAGGCAGAAUGUGAUCGCUUCCGGACGUCUGUUCAAGUUCUAGUCAAUGGACAUUACGCUGCGAGUAGUAGUGAUCGCUCUCAGUUAAGUGGAAUUGUCGAGAUCUGGCAAACUUAUCAAUCACGUUUGGAGCAGGCAUGCAGAGUUUAUCGCGACCCAGCGAAUGAAAUCUUGGUAGAAACUCCGUCGGCACCCAUCGCAGCAGGGAAAGCUGCUCAGAAGGGGAAAGUGAAGGCACCUGCCCCUGCCGUUGUGGCUCCAACUAACGUGGCCGCAACGAGUGAGGAUGCAAUGGCAGAGUCUCUGACUAUGACUGAGCUAUUGGCGGAGUAUGGGCAUGUUCUCCAGCGAUGUGGCUCGUGGAUGGAAGCAAUUGCUCCAAUUGCUAACGAUGCAACUCAAAAGACUGUAGAAGGUGGUGAUGAUAUUCCAGAUGGUGACUUUUGCAAAGUGAACUUGUUGAAUGGGAUCAAGUACGAACAUGAUCUGAUGGAGAGGCGUGUACGAUUCCUACAGGAAGCUACGGAAAAAUCCCGUGAUGAAAUCACGAGGUCAAUGCGUUCCAUCGAGAUUACUUUGCGAGACUUUUCAGAGAAUCGGAGAAUUCGAGAGCAGGCCGCUGCGGCAGCAGUGAUCGAGUAUAUCCGCGCUUCGAUCGAGAGUGAAGUCGCUCUUCCAUCCUUUAUUGAUAUCAGUGUACGUGAUCGCUAUCGUUUGUUAGUUUUGUUUCACGGAGGCUAAUUGUUUGUUCCUUGUUGCGCCGGAAGCCUGAGUUCAUCGAGAGGUUCCCAACAACUGUGCAGUUGCGCGAAGAUACGCUGGUGCGUGUCGAUAAAGGUAGACGAUUGCUAUCUCAAGCUUCUCCGGAUACACCUCCCAUUAUUGAAGAAUCCCACGAGCUGCUUCCCAACCCUCGCCAAUGCGAGAGCCUUCAUGUAGCAUUGACCUCUCAGACCGUCGAUAACUCUGGACUCGUCCCUCUCAUCACUGUAGUGGAGACGAUGACAGCUCUGACAUCUCUACCCGAUGCACUUCCUGACGUUUGGCGACGAUGUCCCGCACACAUUAUCGCAGAGAUCGCUGCAAACUUCACAAUGAAGCAGUCCGGGUUCGUCGAUAUUGAAGGUCUACUCACGGCCAUGAGCACUCGCGACGACCUGCUUCAUCAGUUCCAACAAGAAGAAGCUCGACAACAACUUGAGCUACAAGAGCAAGAACGUGAGCUUCUACAGCAGCAAGAAACCACAGACAACGUGCCUACAUCCACAGAAUUAGCAGCAUAAACACAUACCAAGCAGGUCCACAAUACAGUCGUGUAUUCCUCCCUCACCA